CUCCAACGUCAUCCAUCUUCAAGUACUCUAUCCGAGACUUCUCCUUAAUCAAAGCACUUGACCAGUAUCGAGAUCAGAACUAAUCAAAAUGGCACCGAUCACGUUUGGCCAAUUCCGAAACACUCUGACAGCGGCCGCCACACAGCGCCGUCGCGACUAUACCAACAUAUUCUCGGUCACUAUGCGCUGGGAAAAUGAUGACACCCAGGCGGCUCAAGAUUCUGAGCACUUCCAGGAGAUGUUGAAGAAUUUGGAUGCUGCCCCAGCUGUCGAGCUCAUUAUUCGCCACAGCGACUCUUCGCCCGCACUCACAUUCCAACAGGCCAUCCUCGGCUUUAUCGGAAAGUCCAAAGCAAAGGCAGAAAGCGACCACAACCUGAUGAUCUUUCAUUAUGCCGGCCACGGGGUGGUGAAAGAUGGAAGCUUUACAUUCGCUGAAACGAGGGCCGCCGAGAAAACAAUCAAUGCAGACAACUAUCUGCUGAACAAGGUCAAAGAUGCCCAGGUGAUCUCCAUCGUGGACCAUCUCGAUGUCUUGUUGAUUCUUGAUUGCUAUGCCCACGUAUCAACCCGAGCUCCAGCAAUCCGGCACCGGGUGGUCGAAGUGAUAGCAGCGACAAGCAGACAGACACCCACAGCGCGAUCUGCGCCACAUAACACGUUGACCACCAAGCUCGCCGAGGAAAUUGCCCGCAGCAAGCGCAGUGGACACAAGAAUGUGGAAUUCUCCGACAUCUUCCAGAGCCUGAGAUCGCGUGGGGACAAAAUCAUCUCCUCGCGCAUAUCGACAUCCUUUUACUGUGCUGUUUCCCUCUCGUUUUGUCUAUUUUAUCUCCUUUUUUCCUAUUUCUUUCUGUUUGUUUAAGAUUACGGGCGAUGUUUUAUCUACUUUUGUUGCUGCAUGUGUCUACAUAUGGCACAACUCCCUCUGUUUAAAAUCUGUAAAUGCUCUACCACUCCUCUCAACUGAUGAAAAGUCAGAAAAGAAAACAGACAUGGAGUAGGUAACUAGAUACAUCGAUAUGUAUGAUAAGGCGAUCUAGCUCAAAUUCAUG